GGUGAAUCAACCGACUUCAAAGCUCCCCUGAGGCGCAGGUGGUGCCACUGAUACUGCUCUGAUCCAGAUCUUUGGUCUCGAGGCUCAUUGGUUCAUCGUAGUAUGAUGAGCGGGCUUCACACAGCGUAUCCUUUCCCCUUCAAGAAGCGCGACGACGUGGACCGCUCGGCAGCACAGGCCAUGCGCAAUGAGUGCAGGAAUGGUGGCUUCAGCGGCAGCACAUCUGGACGAGCGCCCGGCUUCGUCCAAGCCAACUUGGUCAUCUUGCCGAAGGAGUUUGCUCUGGAGUUCGCCACUUUCUGCCUUCGCAACUCCCGCGCAUGCCCUCUGCUGUGAGCACAAGACACACAAAAAGGCCAGACGAACACGAACGUCGUGCAAUGGAUAAUUGAUUUUGUCUGUGUUACACGUGCAGUGAUGUGACGGAAGUUGGUUCGCCUGAACCAUCCAUGGUUGCGCCAGGGGCGGACUUGCGGACUGAUCUGCCCAAGUACCGCAUCUGGUAAGCCGACAUGCAGGCCAGCAGCAGGGACCAGUCUUGCGGAGGCUCAUCAGAUGUGUGCUGGCGCUGCGUGUGUGUGUUCAGGAUAAAUGGGAAACUGGAAGCGGAGGUCACAGACAUUACAGACGUCUGGCGGGUCGGCCGUCGGCUCACUCAUAAAAGCACACGCAGCACUGCGCAUGACAGCCUAUCCGUGUGUCUGCCCGUAUUUUGUGAAUGACAGAAUGACUUCGUGGGGUUUGUACUGGGGUGCUCCUUCAGCUUUGAAGCGGCCCUGGCGCGAGAGGGACUGGAGCCCAGGAACGUGACCAUGAAGGUAACAUGCAGACAGGCCAGGGUAGUGAGUAGGUGCUUGUCCACCGUGUGGUCUGUUGUUGUCUCUUGUGCAGUCAAAUGUGUCCAUGUAUCGCACCACACACCCAAACAUCAAAUCGGGCCCUUUCGAAGGUAACCAUCACUAUUGCUGCAAUGGCAGCGAUUGAUCUAUCAGUGUUGCGUGGUUUUCCGGUCCUGCAGGCAAUCUGGUGGUGUCGAUGCGCCCGUACCCGCCCUCCUCCCUGCCUGAUGUCAUCCGCAUCACUUCAUCCUUCCCUGGAGCACACGGCGGCCCCAUCUAUAAAGGGAAGACGGACGCGACUCCCCAUUGCUCUUUUUUGGGAAUAGGUAAUCUGGGUCUGCCUGACUUCGGUGACCCUGUGCCGAUUGGUGAAGGUGAAAUCCCUGUGUUCUGGGCGUGUGGCGUGACGCCACAGGUCAGGUGGAUGGAGGGGCGAUGGCACGUGAAGGGCGAGUGGAUGAGUUUGUUUGUUUGGUUGUGCUUGUGUGCGUGUACGCGUGUAGGUGGCCAUUGAGACAGCGGCGCCUGCCCCGCCCAUCGCCAUCACCCAUGCGCCGGGGCAUAUGUUUGUGACGGACCUUGUCGAUGAUGAGAUGAGAGUAGGACAGCCUCCUGGCUGAAGUCAUGUAGUCCGUGGCUUUUGGCUGGUCCAAAGCAGGUCGAUGUAUGUGACAUUGGUCUUUUUUCUACACACCAUGGCACCACGCGACUGUCCGCACUCAUUCGUCAAGUGCACACACAAGACACUGCGUUAAAUGUGUGCAAAGGACACGGAAGUACAUGGGAAUGCAGAUCGAUAAACCAUAGGACGUCC